UGGCAUUCCAUUUCUGAGCGAACGAUAUCGUUACUCGAUCUCCGUCCAGUCUUCAGCUUCUAUGGCGGGCCCAUCCAUUCUAUAUACGUGAAUACCGAACCCAUUCCAGUGGCCCCUUCAAUACGAGAAGAAUGCCGAAUUUGAUCAAUCAAUGCAUCAGGCACAUCACCGUCGCGACUGAAUAUUACGACUCGGAUGAUCUUAUUCCGCGCGACAGUCCUCGAAUGGCUUCUUUUCAGCCGCUGGCGAGAUCCCCAAAAUCACCGUUACAUGAACCCCCUUCAAUUGUCAGUCCCACCUCCAGCUUCUGAGGCUCGCGUCUAAUUAUCCUCUAAAGGGGCCUUCGAAGCAAAGCGAUGUCGUUUUAAUCAACAUACUGGGCGACAACAAGCGGACGGAUAUAGCGAGCGAGUUAGUGAAUACUA